AUGGAACGUGCGGUGAAACGUUUGCCAAAACUCUUGUGUAAGAAAUUAGUGGAAAAUGAGAGAGACAUUUUGACUUCUCGGAAUGCAUUCGAGUCGCUACGAAUUGUAAAUUAUUGGUUCUACGAUGACACUUCCAGCCCUGAUUUCAUUUAUUUGAUUCUGAAUUUAUAUGAACAGAAUCUGCAAGAAUUUUUUAGGGAGAAAGGCGAAAGUAUGACGGAAUCCUGUGCUAGAAAGAUGAUACGUCAAGUGUUGGAAGGGAUGAAAGCAUUACACGCUAGAGAGCCUAGAAUUCUGCAUGGAGAUUUGAAACCGACUAAUAUACUUGUUGAUGUGAAGGGUAAUUUACUGCUGUGUGAUUUUGGUAUUGGACGGUUUUUCCCAAAACAAGGUAUUUUCACAAGAUAUAUAUGUUAUUUACCGGCUGCGAGGUCCGGAUGAGAAAAAUUGUGCCCAAGGUCUUGAAAACGGCCCGAGCCCGAAGGUCGAGGGACGUUUUCAAGACCGAGGGCACAGUUUUUCUCAUCCGGACCGAAGCUGCCGGUAAAUAACGUGUUUAUUUUUUAUCAGAUGUAAAAAUUAAAUUCAUUAAAAUUCCAGUGUUGCUUGCAAACUAAUUUGAGAUCAGUGCAAUUGUGUAUUUUCAAAGCGAGGCUGACAAAAAUUGAAAAGUUGAAAGAUAUAAAACACGAAUACGAAAACUCGAGAAAACUGGCAAGAAACACACAAAAAGACGUAUAGUUUCAGUAAAAAUGUACAUGCUUUUUUCAUGAAUAUGGUAGCAGAGAAACUUUGGAAUAAAAACUUUUAUGCCUGGCGUUUUGACUUUGACAAAAUCAAUUGCUCCUAACAACGACAGGUUCAUAUUCAGAUCCGAUCAAAAACAUAUAAAAAUGAAUCUGUUUUGAUUUAAUCAACGUUUUUCUACUAAAAAAAACAAUGAAAAAGGUAUGUUAUUUUUAUAUUUUUGUAUUUUUGUUUGUCGUUUCACGAUAAUAUGCUUGAAAAAAGUGCUUUUAAACACAAAUUUUUACUUUGUUUACAAUAUUUAUAUCAUAGGUCUCCCGAAAAGGUCUUUUAUUUAAAAAAAAUCCAUACAAUUUACUUUAAAAUACAAUGCCUUGACAUGCAAUGCUUCAAUGUACAGUAAAACCUCUAUAAUUUGUAUUACAUAAAGUACGUGCAACAUCACAAUAGCGUUGUGUCAUUAUGUAUACACGGCAAAAAACGCUCAGGUUGAUGCAAUACUGAUGAAAACAGGAUUGAACAAUGUUUUGCUGCCCACAUUGUUCAUAGCUGUCAACAAUAUUGAACAAUAUUGUUACACCCGAUUCAGGCUCAACAACAUUGUUUAAUAUUGUUGACAAGUGUGAACAACGUGGGCAGCAAAACAUUGUUCAUACCUGUUGAGCAACGGGCUCGGCGUUUUUUGCCGUGUAUAUAACCCCAAGGUUGGCAAGUAAAUACAAAUUUAAACUGUAUACACAAACUUAAUGACAAAAAACUCGUACAUAAACAUCGAAAUUCAUUAAAAAAACUAACUCACUAUGGUAAGAAAUAACUGUGAUACUUCUAUAUUGUGUUUUUUCACUUUUAAACGAGUUAAUUUUGCGAAAAUUUCAAGGAAAAUUCAUCAAAUUCGUAACUCAAUUUGAUCAAAACUAUGCGGGAUGAUGGCUCCCGGCGUUACGUCACAAAAUAAAGCUCUCUGAUUCGCUGGGAAAUUUCAGCCAGCCAAUCGGAGAGUUUUUUCGAAAUUUUAAAUAUUUUCAGCAAAUCAGAGAGCUUUAUUUUGUGACGUAACGCCGGGAGCAGUCAUCCCGCAUAGUUUUGACCAAAUUGAGCCAUUUUCCUCGGAAUUUUUGCAAAAUUAACUCGUUUAAAAGUGAUGAGAGAAGAAAAAAACACAAUAUAGAAGAAUUACAGUUAUUUCUUACCAUAGUGAGUUAGUUUUUUUAAUGAAUUUCGAUGUUUAUGUACGAAUUUUUUCGACAUUAAGUUUGUGUAUACAGUUUUAAAUUUGUAUUUACUUGCCAACCUUGGGGAUAUAUAUUACAUAAUGACACAACGCUAUUGUGAUGUUGCACGUACUUCAUUUAAUACAAAUUAUAGAGGUUUUACUGUACAUUGAAGCAUUGGAUGUCAAAGCACUGUAUUUUAAAGCAAAUUGUAUGGAUUUUUUUUUAAAUAAAAGACCUUUUCGGGAGACCUAUGUUUAUAUCAGUGAAAAAUGCAUGACACAAUUCACAAAUGGGUAGAGAAUAUAUUCGUGACUUGUUUUCACUGCUGCAGUUGAACCUUCUUUUAAAUAGAAAGACAUUUAUUUUACAAUAUCUGUUUAAGCUGUAAUUUUUUCGCUUUUAAGUGGCCGAAUACAUGAGCAUUUAAAAAAUAUAUAAUUUUCUCGACAUAUUAAAGUUUUAUAAAUGUCAAAUAACUUUCAGUCGCAUUUCUAUCAAAAUAUUGUCAAUUCUGGUGAACAUCGUGCUUAGUAUAAAGUCUUUAGGGCUUGAUGCAAUUCAUUUUCGUAUUCUGACUAUCGUUAGGCUAUGUUUUUCAAACGUUUUUGGCAGAUUUUUUCGUUUAAAAAUUGUUUCACUCCUCAGUUUUUGGCGCGAAAACCAGAGCGGGCAGUUGCAUUUCACAGCGGGCAGUUGCGUUUCAGAGCGGGCCGGAUGAAAAAAACCGGCCCGCUCUGAAAGACUCCUCAGCCAAUCAGAUUGCUUCAUUUUACUGAUAAAAAAUAAAUAUAGUUAUUGAAGUAUACAACCCACAAUAAUUUAUCGUUGAACAGAACUGGCUUGUUCUUUAAAAAAUAUUCUAUUUUUGACCUGGGAUAGUCCAGUUCAUGAAGUUAACCCCUCAUGUAAAUCAUUUAACUUCUUUAACUAAUAAAGAAGUUAAAUGAUUAUACUAUGAUUAAUAAAUGUUAUAUUAAUUAAUUAUGAAGUUAAGUGAUUAUACUAUGUUUUUCGACAUAUUAUUAGCACUGACGAAGAUCCGGGCUUACGGAUCGAAAGCUUUGCAGUAAUAAAUUUACGUGGUGUUUCUACAAACAAAACUUCUAAAGUUAAAGAAGUUAAAGGAAUUCUAAUUAAUUAAAAUUCAUUUAAUUAAAUUAAGUGAUGUUUUUUUUAAUUUAACGUCUUUAUGUUAAAUUAUGUAUGAGAGGUGGAUUGUUGUUAAAUGGGUUAAUUUUACUUUUUUACAGAUGCAACAACCUGCCAUACUACUAACGAAAGUGCCGGUGGGUCAUUUGGCUGGGUCGCACCAGAAGGUAUUGUUAAAAUCUUUGAAGGUUUGAUAUAUUAA